AUGGGUGACUGCGGAACUGCUGUUCCACCGUUGCGCUCCACUCGAGCUGGGAAUCCACCGCAGCCCUCGGUUUCUCCCAACGAGAUAUCCGUCCUGAUAACGGGUUUUGGGCCCUUCAAGACAAACCUCGUGAACGCCUCAUAUCUAAUCGCCUCUUCCCUCCCGUCGUCGUUCAUCUUUCCGUCCAAAGACCAGGACACGGACCCGCGUCGAGUCUCUCUCCAUGUGCACCCCACACCUAUCUCUGUGGCUUACGCCACCGUCCGGGAGACCCUCCCGUUAAUUUUGGAGGACUUCGCUGCUUCCCACGGUGGUCGACGGCCCGACUUCAUCAUUCAUAUCGGCAUAGCCUCUCCACGACCGUACUAUUCGGUUGAAACCCUAGCCCACCGCGAUGACUAUAACAUCACCGAUGUCGAGGGCCGCUCUGGGUAUCUCGAUGGCGAGAAGCGGUGGAGAGAGCUGGGUCUGCCGGCCAUUUUGACACCGGGCCGUGUGACUGAUGAUCCAUCCUCUGCCUCGCCAUACCAACCCGAUGAGCAUUUCUUGGACACGUGGCAGUCCUUUGCCCCGGAAUCGGAUCUUCGUCUGUCCAAAGAUGCGGGUCACUAUCUGUGUGACUUUAUAUUCUAUAACAGCAUGUCGUUGGCUCUGCGUGAGGGCCAGGACCGUAACAUCCUCUUCCUUCAUGUGCCUGGUGCAUCCGAAGAUGCGAACAUUGAACAAGGACGCGUAGUCACCCUUGCCUUGAUCAAGACUAUGGUGUCAUGUUGGCUUGACAAGAAGCAUGCUGUAUGA